AGACGCGGGAGACCUCCACUAGGCCAUUCAAAUGCUAGCUUCUCAAGCGCGCACGGUUUAGGCAACACAGCAACAACUCGGAAGAGGCUGCAUCUCCACAGCAACUUCAGUUUAUCUUCCUGAUCUUGUAAUGUCAGCGAGUGGCGUCGACAUGGAUGUCUUCUGGGAGGCGUGCACGGCGCACGGUGUUGUAAGUAAAAAGCUUGUAGUCCACCGGAGUCCUCAUUCCACCUCCCCGGUGGGGCUGUGCGCUGCGGAGGCCGUCAAGCACGGCGCCCCGCUCAUCAACGUGCCGUAUCAUGCAGUGCUGAACGCACAGACGCUGCGUGGCGACCUCCUUCCCCGGGCCCUGCCCCCGCUGCGCAAAGCGGCGCUUUUCCUGACUCGCCGCGGCAGACUCGGCUUGGUGACGGCGCACAGCUUGUGGCUCGCAUGCUUCCUUGCUUGCCACGCUGAGGAGUGUGCACACGCGCAACACGCUCGGAAGUCUUUCCUUCACCCUUUCCUCAGCAACGGUGUGUACCCACCGCUGCCAAAUCUCUUUCUGACGGCGAAUGCAUCGUCCUGCCCUGGCCUGCGCAGUGUGCCUGCCGCCGAACUGCAGGAGGCAGAGCGCCGCGUGUCCGGCGAGAUGGACUUGAUCCACACCAUGCUUCGGCAUUAUGGAAAGCGCCGCGGCGUUCCUGCCGGUCUCUGUCCCCACAGGGAAGCGCUGGUGCUGUCGUACCGCACGGUGAUGCAACGUGCGAUUCUGCUGCCGUUGAACUGCCAGCCGUCGUCCCCCGAUGAUCUCGCGGAGCUCAUCGAGUCCUCGCCCGGCAUCCCCCUCAUUCCGUCACUGGUGCCGGUGAUCGACAUGAUACGUCCUGCCCAUCCGUCAAAGACAGCGGCAGAAGCUAAGGAGGACGACGAGAGCGAGGCGGAGCUCACGAGCAGCGCCAACUGCACCUUGCUCACUUGUGUGCAGUCGGACUUUGUGUCCCCGUCAAGCCGGCGGCGCGUCAUUGUGGAAACAGCGCCGCUGGCCGCACGCAGGGUGGUGGUCUGCGCUGCGAAGGCGAUUAAAGAGGGCGAGGAGCUGCGGAUGGAUUUUGAGUAA